UUUUAAACCCUCCAUUUGACUUAAAGGCAGAAGCAAGACAGCAUAGACAAUGAACUUAUGGGUCUACACGUUAUCUAAUAUUCUCCCAAACUUCAGGGAGCCACAAUGACGACAGAAGACCUUUUAAACACUUUGGACGAUUUGAAAGAAGAUGAAUUUAAGGCCUUCCACUGGUAUCUGCAGCAGCCUGACAUCUUGGAAGGCGACCAAGCCAUUAAAGUGUCCAAGCUGGAGAAAGCCGAGAGGCGGGACACAGUGGAUCUGAUGGUGAACACCUACACAUUUCAUGGAGCUCUCAAGGUGACCAAGAAGGUUCUGGAGAAGAUAAACAGAAAUGAUCUGGUGCAGAGCCUUUCAUACGCCAGCUCAGAGUCAGUGGCUGUCAACGAUGUUGGAGAGGCUUCGGAGAGCAGAGGGAAUACUUUCUUUCAGAGCGAAGGUAUAGCUGCUGUUUUCUCUGAUGUGAUUGUUCCAGUACCAGAGCCACAACCCAUCUCAUAUUACCAACACUGGCUUCAAUCACAUCUCCAGGACAAGUUUAUGUGCGCACAAGAAGGGUGGUCACAGAAGAAGGAUGAGAAACGUCUUGAUGAUAUCUACACAGAACUGUACAUCACAGCUGGGGGUGACAUAAACAUCAACACGCAGCAUGAGGUCAGGCAGAUUGAAGCGUUGAUGGUGAAGCCAGUAGGAACAGAGAAACCAAUUAAACCCAGUGACAUGUUCAAACCCCCCUGUGGAAGAUAUAAACCCAUAAGAACAGUACUGACCAGUGGCAUUGCAGGAAUUGGCAAAUCAUUUCUAGUGAGCAAAUAUGUUUUGGACUGGGCUGAAGGAAGAACCAACCAAGACGUGCACCUCAUUUUCCCUUUCAGCUUCCGCCAGCUGAAUUUGUGGAAGGGAGAAAAGUUGCGUUUGGCAGAGCUCAUUCAGGAAUGCAUCCAGGAAACCAGAGACAUAAAUGAAGAAGCUCUGAAUCAUAUCUUCACAACUCUGCAGUCAUCAGGAAACACCAACUAUGACAAGAGCAAGUUCAAACUUCUGUUUGUGUUGGAUGGACUGGAUGAGAGCCGCCUUGAUCUGAACUGCUCUACUAAUGAGAACCAGGGUGUUAACAUUGAUGUGAAAGCGUCAGUUUCAGUGGAUUUGCUGUUGACAAAUCUCAUCAAGAAGACACUGCUUCCCUCUGCUCGCCUCUGGAUAAGCACACGCCCUGCAGCGGCCAAUCAGAUCCAUUCUGAUUUUGUCGACAUGGGGACAGAGGUGAGAGGGUUUACUGAUUUACAGAAGGGAGAAUACUUCAAGAACAGAUUCAGGAAUGAGGAGCAGGCCAGCAUAAUCAUCUCCCACAUCAAGACAUCACGAAGCCUCUACAUCAUGUGCCACAUCCCAGUCUUCUGCUGGAUCACUGCUACGGUUCUUGAGGAUGUGUUGAAAACCAGAGAGGGGGGAGAGCUGCCAAAGACCCUGACUGAGAUGUAUGCGGAGUUCCUGGUGUUUCACAUUCACCAGACAAAAAAGAAGUAUCCCCAAAUCAAGAGCAUUCAAUACAUGAAGUCAUUAGCAAAACUUGCUUUCUGCCAGUUGGAAAAGGGAAACCUGAUCUUCUACGAGAAAGAUUUCAAAGAGAGUGGCAUUGAUAUCAGCAGAGCCUCGGUGUGCUCAGGAGUGUUCACAGAAAUCUUCAAAGAGGAACGUGGGAGAAAGAAUGAUGAAGGCAAAAUGUUUUGCUUUGUCCAUCUCAGUGUUCAGGAGUUUUUGGCGGCUCUCUAUGUAGAGAGAUCAGUCAUUGACAGAAAAAAGAAUGUGAUGUGUGAGCCAUGCCAAACAACUGCUCAGCAAAUGAGAAGGGCUUUCCGAAAAACAUCUCUGACAGAGGUCCACAAAUAUGCUAUUGUCAAGGCCUUGCAGAGUCCAAAUGGACACCUGGAUCUCUUCCUACGAUUCCUCCUGGGUCUUUCACUGCCUGCCAAUCAGACUGUCCUACGAGACAUACUGAAUAAUAAAAUAAGCUCAACAACCAAUCAGGAAACGAUUGAAUACAUCAAGAUGAAGAUCAGUGAGAUUCUGUCUCCAGAGAGAAGCAUCAAUCUCUUUCAUUGUCUGAAUGAACUUAAUGAUCGUUCUCUAGUGGAUGAGAUCCAACAGUACCUGAUUUCAGGAAGUCUCUUCACAGAUAAACUGUCUCCUGCUCAGUGGUCAGCUCUAGUCUUCAUCACCCUGUCAUCACAAAGUGAUCUAGAUGUGUUUGACCUGAAGAAGUAUUCUGCUUCAGAGGAGGCACUUGUGAGGCUGUGGCCAGUCGUCAAAGCCUCCAGAAAGGCUCUGCUAAGUGACUGUGAUCUUUCAGAGAGAAGCUGUAUAGCUCUGUCCUCAGUUCUCAGCUCACAGUCCUCUAGUCUGAGGGAGCUGGACCUCAGUAACAACAAACCGAAGGACUCAGGAGUGAAGUUGCUCUCUGAUGGACUAAAGAGUCCAAACUGUACACUGGAGAUACUCA